GUUGGAUGACUCCCAGCUGCACCUCGUGGUGCACGAGACAUGCAAGAUGGAGAAGCUUGGCGGGUUGGAUGACUCUCAGCUGCACCUGGUGGUGCACGAGACGUGCAAGAUGGAGAAGCUAGGUGGCAGGAAAAAGGACGGCUAUGGUGCAUGGACGCUCUGCACCAAUCACCUGCGGCCAGGUGGCAUAGUGUACUCGUUUGGCAUCGGAGGCGAUGUGUCGUUUGACAAUGAGAUGGUGAAUCGAGGCUACAAGGUUUUCGGUUUCGAUCCCACCCCCCACGCGCUGCCCUUCUUCUGCACGUGCGACAGUGACUCAGCGCUGAUGGAGGACAGCAUCCUGCACCCCAAGCCCCACGUGCUGCCUUUCUUCUGCACGUGCGACGAUGACUCAGCGCUGAUGGAGGACAGCCUGGCGCGGUGCCAGGUGGCAAGCGACUUCCUCAUUGCGCUGGCGUAUCUCUCCAUCCCACUCGAGCUUGCUUAUUUCACGCUGAGGGCAAGGACCUUCUCACACCGCUGGGUCAUGCUGCUCUUCAGCCUCUUCAUUGUUCUCUGCGGUCUGACCCACCUGGUGAACGUGUGGACGUACGGGGCACACCCGCGGCAGCUGAGUGUGGUGCAGACGGUGCUCAAGGUGCUCUGUGCGGCCGUCUCGUGGGGCACGGCCUUUGUACUCUUCACCAUCAUCCCCUCGCUGCUCAAGUUCAAGGCAAGUGGGGCGGCAUGUGCGCAUGCUGACAUACGAGAUUCUCCAGUGGGGCGGCAUGUGCGCAUGCUGACGUAUGAGAUUCGCCAGUCUCUAGACCGUCACACCAUCCUCAAUACCACUCUAGUCAAGCUCGCCCAGGCCUUGAGACAUUGCAUAUUCCCCGUUCCUUGUUUCCCUCGAUCUCCCCCAGGUGGGGCGGCAUGUGCGCAUGCUGACGUGGGGCGGCAUGUGCGCAUGCUGACGUAUGAGAUUCGCCAGUCUCUAGACCGUCACACCAUCCUCAAUACCACUCUAGUGGGGCGGCAUGUGCGCAUGCUGACGUAUGAGAUUCGCCAGUCUCUAGACCGUCACACCAUCCUCAACACCACCCUAGUCGAGCUCGCCCAGGCGCUCAUGCUUGAAAACUGCACUGUUUGGAUGCCAGACCCCUCGGGGGAGUAUUUGGAGCUGACACACGAGCUGGAGAGAAGGCUGGUGCAGGUGCCCAUUUGCGUGCACAUAUCGGACCCGAGCGUCCAAUCAGUGAUCGACACGUCAAACCCGUGCCUCAUCUCCCGAUCCUCCUUCAUUGGCUCGGCGUCCACGCCCCGAGGGGCACAUGCCAACGCCAUGGCAGCUGUUCGUCUGGCAAUCCACAUCCCCACACACUCCCGUGCAUCUCGAACAAGUCAGCAAGGGGAUGACGGUGCAGCUGCUGCUGCUGCUGCUGCUGCUGCUGGUGGUAAUAAUGGUGCGGACAGUGACGGAUUUGCUGGUAGCGAGGCUGCUGAUAUGGAGUACGGAUCGGCUGUGGAGUAUGGGCUUAUGGUGCUCGUGCUGCAUGGGGAUGAGAAGAGGCAGUGGCAGCCCCACGAGGUGGAGAUGGUGGAAGCAGUGGCAGAUCAGGUGGCCAUCGCGCUCUCACAUGCUGCAGCACUGGAGGAGUCGCAGAGGCGCAGGGAGGAGAUGGCUGAGCAGAAUGCUGCCCUGCAGGUGGCGCGGAUUAGAGCAGAGGAGGCGAUUCAAGCAAGGAACGACUUCCUGUCCGUCAUGAACCACGAGAUGAGGAGCCCCCUUCACACCAUCCUCGCGCUCUCCUCGCUCAUGGAGGAGGACGAUUUAACAGAUGAGCAAGGACCGAUGGUGGCCACUCUGACCCGCAGCGCCUCCAUGCUCACAUCGCUCAUCUCCGAUGUCAUUGGGGUGGCACAGCGCCAAGAGAUCAACCUUGUGUUGGAGCACCGUCCGUUUGACCUCCGAAGAAUGCUGCACGACGCGGCGUCUCUAGCAUGGCCCAUGAUGCGAGCCAAGGGGCUGAGCUUCUCCGUGGUGAUCGCCAGGGAGGUGCCUCGGCACGUGGUGGGGGAUGAGCGGCGAUUGCUCCGCGUGGUGCUGCAUAUCAUAGGCCAUGCUAUUGACGCUACUGAUGAGGGUACCAUAUCUGUGGCUGUGGGCCUAUCAGACGGCAGUCACGGGCCGGCAAGGAAGCCCCACAUCGAGCAUCCGUCUCACGCCUUCCACUCCGCUAUCUCCCGUCAGGACCAUGUACGGGUGCGCAUCACAGUCACCGAUUCAGGAGGGGAGGAGUCCAAACUGGCCCUACUCGACCGGUUCGAGAAAGCAAGGGAGCGGGAGCAGCUGCUAAAGGGGCAGGCUAUAGAGGGGAUGAAGGCCCUGGGGCAGGAUCCUUCAAACGUGGGCAUAGGACUGUUUCUGUCUGGUCCGGAGGAGGCUUGGGUGGGGUGCACACGGGUACAAGGGGUGGUGGGGCCACAGGGAGGGAUGGGGUCGGAGCUGGCUCGGAGGGUGGGAGACAGUGCACCCCACCCUCUGGCGUCCCCCCCUCUGGCUUCCCACCCGCUCACUCGUCCUCUGCCCGACACAACAAGCCACCUCACAGACCCCACGUACAGGAGCACUGUAUCAGCAGCACAGUCCCACCUCCCCCAGUCUGACUCGGGCGAUGUUUCAGCCGCAGCAGCUGUGGAAAGUGCUGCUGCAUUAGCAGCUAUUGAAGCGCCUCGAAGAUCGCCAGCAGAGGAUAUGAGGGAGGCAGAGGCAGCAGAGGCAGAGAGGGAGCGGCAGGCGAGGAUAAGUGAGCAGUUCGUGGCUCCCUCCUGCGCCAUCUGUCAGAAGCUUCUCCUACUCAUGGACGGGCAUUACUGGAACGCCACUCAGCCUUCCGAUCCCGGGGCUGCUACUGCGUUCUCCUCGGGGAGUGAGGAGGAUGGGGAGGGGGAGGGGGAUGGGGAGGAUGGGAGUGAUAGUGACGAGUCGUCGUGCUCCAUUGGCGCGUAUAUUCAAGAACUGGAGGGCAUUCGCGUGCUGCUUGUGGAGGACAACGUGGCGAAUCGCAUCGCGACACAUCAGCUGCUCCUGUCCCUGCACUGCCACGUCACCCUGGCCGCCAGCACACAGGAGUGCCUGUCAAUCCUCUCGGGCAGCAGGAAGAGCCCGUCAGCCUCCCCCAUUGCCGACAUCGUCCUUUUGGAUAUCUGCAUGCCGGAUGUGGAUGGGCUCGAAGCCGCCCGCUGCAUACACAAGAUGUUCCGCCCUGACAACCGGCCAUUUAUUGUUGGCAUCACAGCGAGAACGGACGAGGCUCUUGUGGCGGCAUGCGGGACAGUGGGAAUGGAUGAGAAGAAGAAGGAGGAGGAGGCGAGGAGGGAGAAGGAGCUGAACGAUCUCUUCAGAGUCGCCAUCUCUCAGCCCAAGGUCCCGCCAGGCGUGGACCCCAAGUCGAUUGUGUGCGAGUUCUUCCGCCACGGGCAGUGCACCAAGGGCUUUAAGUGCAAGUUCUCGCACGACCUGAGCGUGGAGCGCAAGGGCGAGAAGAUCGACCUGUACAGCGACCAGCGGGAAAAUGACGAAGACAAGAUGGAGGACUGGGAUCAGGCGAAGCUGGAGCAGGUGGUGGCGUCGAAGGGCGCGGAGUACAAGAACGCCAACAAGCCCACCGAGAUUGUGUGCAAGCACUUUCUCGAGGCCGUGGAGAAGAAGCAGUACGGGUGGUUCUGGGCGUGCCCCAACGGCGGCAAGGACUGCAUGUACCGCCACGCUCUGCCGCCCGGCUACGUGCUCAAGUCGCAGAUGAAGGCUCUGCUGGAGGAGGAGCAGGCGAACAAGCUGACCGUUGAAGAGAUGAUUGAAAACGAGCGCAAGAUGACAGCGAGUCACACGCAGCUGACGACCGAGAUCUUCAUGGAGUGGAAGAGGAAGAAGCAGGAGGUGAAGGACGCUGAGCAGGCAGCCAAGAAGGCCGCACGCGCCAAGGAAGACAGAAUGAGUGGUCGCGAGCUGUUUCUGUCCGAUGCGUCUCUCUUUAUCGACGACGAUGCGGCAUGUGAUGCGUACGAGCGAGUGGAGGAGGAGGAAGAGGCCGCAGCUGCCCCUGCUGCCACUCCAGGGGAAUCCAGCAGCAGCGGUGGGGCAGGUGCAGGGCCUAGCUCAGCAGGGGGUGCGGCUGGUUCAUCUGGUCUUGCUCUCACGGAGGAGGAUGAGAUGCUAUUGGCUGAGGACGAUGAUGAGCUGGCACCGGAGGAGCUGGAGGAGUUGGAAGCUGAGCUGGCGAAAACAUCGAUCUCUUGA